AAUUAAAUCAUUGUUGUUCCAUUAACCGACCGGGCUGAACGUCUAAUUAAUAAAAUCUGAUGACAAAGUGAAAAUUAUUAAAAUGAAGUGGCUUGUAAUCGUAGUUUCCGUGGCUUUAGCAAACGGUUAUUCCAUAAAAGACAAUGAGGUAGAAACGGCGAGAUUGGACACAAGUGACGACUUAUUGGAUAGUGUUAUUAGUGAUUGUUUCGGAGCUGAUUCCUCGACGUCAUGUCUCAAAGUGAAAGUUCUAUCGUUCCUGGACACCAAGCUGGGAGUGACCUCUGAAUCAGCACGGGCGCUCGACGAAAAGAACAUCGACAAAGUUAUUUUCGAUCGUGUCGGUCGGGUCUUAAACGAGAAUGAAUUCAGAUUCAGACUUCCGGAGUUCCUUUUCCAGAGUGCUGAAGUGUCCUACAGAGCGGACAGGGGUUUCGACAUCGACUUCCCUGAAACUGAAAGCGAAAAUGGAGAAGCUCGUGGCAUAUUGAAGAAGAAACUGCUGCUGCCAGUUCUUCUCCUAUUGAAGCUGAAGAUGAAGGCUCUUAUGCCGAUCCUAGUCGCUAUCAUCGGCAUCAAGGCUGUGAAAGCACUUAUCCUCAGCAAGCUAGCCAUUACGCUUGUCCUUGGAUUCCUCAUCUAUAAUUUAUUGAUGAAGAAAGGAGGUAUGCCAAUGAUGAUGCCCACGGAAGCUGCACCGCCCGCGCCUCAAUACGGCCCACCAGCAUCCCAGUACGGGCCACCAUCGACACCCGCCGCCCCCGCAGACACCUACGGUCCUCAAUGGGAGCCAGCGAGCUCUGGACCGUACGCUCGCGUAUGGGAUCCUUCCCAACUAGCCUAUAGCUCUUACUUCCCCGGCGAUUCCAACGCAUCAGCCGCCUCCAACCAGUCGCCGAGCUACUCAAGCGUCUCAUCAAUCUCUACCUCGUCAUCAUCAUCAUCUUCACCCACCUAUUGAUAGUACUAUUAUGCUCCCAUGUAAAUAGAAUUCACGAACGAUACGGCUAGAGUAGUAGAGCUGGUUAUUUAUUGAAGUUAUUUAUUUUAUUUAAUGAACGGAAUAAAAUGUGUCGAUUUUCA